AAUUGCCUACCAACUCUGGCUCAAUUUUGGGCACCUGUAACAAUUCAGAACAGGUGUUUGCUAACAACUCAAGACCAACCUUUUUGUCUUUUCAUCAUUGAUAAAGGACUUUGCUCGUAUAGAAUGAUCUCUAUGGAGUAUAAAUUCUACGUAGAUGGUGAGAGUGAAGAAGAACUCGGGCUUCCUGGCCGUGUGUUUCAGUAUAAAUUCCUUGAAUCAACUCCUGAUGUGCGGUAUUACUCUACCAAAGAACACCCACAGGGCAGUCAUGCUGUACAUUGCAAUGUCACGCAAUCGUUGGCUUUACCGGUGUUUGAUCAUUCUAGCCAGAGCUGUGUUGGUGUCCUUGAGCUAGUAACUAACAAGGUGGAACUGGAAUAUUCAGAUCCAUAUUUUCAUGGUGACAUCCUUGCAAACAGCAAGAAUGAUGAUUUUCAAUAUGUGCUGAAUAAAAUCAGGAAUGUGUUGAAGGUGGUGCGUCAAGUUCAUCAUUUACGUUUGGCUCAAACAUGGGUCCCAUGCUGGUUUUGCAGCAAUGGGAUCCAUGGUGGUACCUUUGAUGUGAGCAGCGAAGGACGAGUCUUGUGCACACUUAAGACAGUGUCCUAUUUGGCAGGGGAAGGGGAGUGGCCCUAUGGAGAGGAUUAUACUUUCUUGGAUGCCUGUCAAUCUCAUCACCUACGAAAGGGGCAAGGGGUUGUUGGGAGGGUGCUUUCAUCUCAUAAAUUGUUAUUCUGCCCAGAUAUAACAAGAUUCAGCAUUGCCGACUAUCCCCUAGCGCAUUAUGCACGCAAGUUUGGAUUGACCGGUUGUUUUGCAAUUUGCUUGCAGGGUCCUUUCACUAAAAAUUGUUUUAAGCUUGCUACUGGAGAAAAACUGAGACAAGAUUUAUCUAUUGAAGUUAUUGAUUUUUGCAACGAUGAGAAACUUGAUUCUAUGCAAACACCCCAAACUAAUAGAUAUUCCACUACGCUCCCCUCACAAAAUAUAAGAGAGAUGACGCAGCUGGAUUCAUCAAAUCUGGAAUCUAUGGAUGCCAUAAACAAUGGAAGGAAUGUGGUUAGUGCGGAGCAAAGCAACAUACAUGGUACUGAUGUACAGAAGAAAAGCAAAACAAAAACGUCGGAGAGGGAACACAGAAAAGCUGGAAUUCUAAUUAGUUUGGAGGAUCUCCAACGCCAUUCUGGAAUGAAAGUUGAAGAUGCUGCGAAUAGCCUUGGCAGUAAUUUUGUAGUUAGUCGAUCUACAUUUAAGCGUGUCUGUAGAAAAUAUGGUAUCGGCAGGUGGCCACCUCGCAAGGGACUCAGGAAUAAUCAUUCCCCCUCUGAUAAAACUGUCCGAGGUGUUGAUCAAGAAAAAAUUUCAAAAUGCAGUCAGAGAGACUGUCCGAGUUCUAAUCAAGCCGUGCCUACUGUUGGUCGAACAAAGCAACAUAUUAAGGCAACCCAAGAUGCAUGUAAUGUGACAGUAAAGGCAAAAUAUCUCCAAAAAGCAAUAAAGUUUCAGCUCUCUUCGUCAUCAGGAAUUAAAGAGUUGCAGCAGCAAGUGGCAAAGAGGCUGAACCUGAAGGCCGGAACUUACAUUAUCCGGUAUAAAGACGAUGAGAAUGAUUCAGUUUUAAUAUGCUGUGAUGACGACCUGCAUGAUUAUAUGCGUUCUUCAAGUUCGCUUGGAAGUACUUUGAUCACAAUUUGGCUUCAGCCCAUCUGAACAUUUUGAAUCAUUGCUGAUUAUGCAUUUAUCCUUUAACUAGGU